CCCCUUUGAACCCUGGCUUCUUUAUUUAAAAAGAGGAGACAAUUCUCUUACCUCACAGGGAGGUAAGAGAAUGCCUCUACCUGGCACCUACUAGGGUUUUCCACAAAUGGGAGUUUCCUCCUCACCCUCCACCGCUGCCACACACGUACUCCUUGGAGACCCAGCCCUGCUGCUGUCACAAAUUUCAGUGAUGUCACAGCCCCCCUCCCUGGAAGCUCCAGCACAGCCCUCCUGACAGCCAGCCUGAGUGCUGGCCGAACUGAGAGGGGCAGGGUGCAGGUGGUGCCUGAUACCAGUCUUGCCCCAGAUACCUGUCUUUGAGGUCUCACGGCCCCACUAUGAGUCCAUCAGCAAGGAAGAGGCCCAAGAAUAGAAUGGUUUCCAAGCUACAAGAUGAAGAACCACAGGACAAGAUACCGCAACCUGUCAGCAAAGCAAUUAGGCGGAACCGACUUAAGAUGGUAUUAAAAAACUUGUCGCUCUUGAAGCUGCUCAAGAGCUCAAACCCCCGGAUCCAAGAACUGCAUAACUUGGCCAAAAGGUGUUGGAAUUCGUUGCUCAGAGUUCCGAAGAUCCUUGGGAUCUCCACCAGGAGCAGUAAUGUCUGCGAUAGAGUGGAACAAGAUAAUGAAGAGCUCCAAGAGGCUGAGUGCCCUGAGAAGACACUGGAAUCCAAGAAAUUACAGUCCACAGGGGAGCUCAAGCAGGGGUUGGGGGAGAGGAACAAGGCACAGGAGUCACCUGCAGCAGUGCUCCAGGGCAAAGAGCAGAUGGAGCCUGAGCUCCCAAGGACAUCGAAGGAUCAUGGCCUGACCGCUUUCCCUGGAGCCCAGGGAAGGCAAUCACCUAAAGGAGAACCCCGCAUCAUCUUCCUGAAGACCUACCAGCACAAAACUCCCAUGGGGGACAAGCAGCAGCUGGAGGCAGCUGAUCAGUGGAUCUGGUUUGAGGGGUUGCCCACCCGAAUCCACCUCCCCGGGCCUCGGGUGAUGUGCAGAUCGUCCACCCUGCGCUGGGUCAAGCGCUGCUGCACGCGCUUCUGCUCUGCGUCACUCGAGCUGCCCAUGUGCCAUCCGUACAGAGUGUGACGACACCACUGCCAGGCCGGGGUGGUGUGACCUUGGACGGGAGCCAGAGGUGUGACAACGGAGACGGCGCAAUCAUCUGAGCGGGAGGGAUGGGCGGGAAAAUUCACGAGUGUACAAAUAAAAUCUCCC